GAAACUGAGUGUAGCCAGUGUGUGUGUUGGAACAGACCACAUGUUCACUUGUCUGUUGCAAGAAGCAAGUUGGUGUUGCGACAUCUCGUGCACACGUGUAUGGUACCGAGUUUGGGCUGAGACAAAUCAACGUUUGAAAUAAGUGUAAUAGUUCCUUAGUGUGUUUGGAAUAUGUACAGCAGAUCGAUCACCAUUGUUAUUUGACUGUCACAGAACGACGUUUAUAUUUCGAUGCGUCACCGUUAGGUAAAGUUAGAAAUUGACAUGACAGGUUAAUCGAUGUAUAAUUAGGUAAAUGACGUCUGAAGGUAUAAACAAUAAAUGAACUAAUUGCAAGAAACCGGACAACAACACUAUAAUUGUGGGGUUUCGCACAGAAAUGUUGAGCUGGAGAUAAUCUGGAAACAUAGCCAGUGUGAGAAUCGUUCCUUGUUUAGAUAUCGCUCUUGUUUUGCUUAUACUGUUGUGUGUGUGUGAGAGAGUGCGCAAAACGUUCAAAACCUUUUCUUGAAGAUCUACGUCAUUCGAUAUCGAGAUCUUUAAGCGAAAAAGCUGAGACUGGAAGAAAGCACAGAGUAAUUGUACAGUGAACUCCCCCGAAAAAAGUAUUAAAAACGUACUUAACAGAGUAAUUGUACAGUGAACCCCCCCCGUAAAAAAGUAUUAAAAACGUAUUUAUACUAACGUGAUUCAAAAAUGUAUAUUUUCUAAGUAAAUACACAAGAAGAUUCCAAGAUACUUCGCCAAGUAACAUGAUCUGAUAUUAAUAAACGAGUUUAAACACCGAUCUAAACUGAAAGGAAAACUUGUGUUGCAAUAUCUACACCUUGUGCUCCAAGUAACAUCCGCCGUGAAUGGCCCAGGACUGGUUAGCUGUAUUUGACGAGUCUGACGUGAGUGGUCCAAGAUUGGAUUGCUGUAGACGACGAGUAUACCGUGAGUGGUCUAGGAUUAGUUAGACGAGAUAUAGAUCUUGGCUGGUGCAUUGAUGUAUUUCUGGUUGUUGUGUUUUUAAAGAAGAAAAAAACAUUUUUUAAAAAUAUAAUACCUAACUUGCAGAUUUUAACUCUCCAAAUCGCCUCAAGGUAUUGAUAAAUUGCAAAGUUAACCAAUAAAGUUGAAUUUCUAAAGUGUUGUUAAAAUUAUCAAUGUAUUAUUGCAAAAGAAACGUUUCCAAAUAGCUUGGAGUGGAAAUAGUUAUAUAAAGGUUACCACUAUACUUAUAAUGACUAGAGCAUAUCAAGACGAUAUCAUACUCUGUGACUUAAAUGGGCAAUCCUCUGGACAAUUGCCUACAGUUGACCAGGAGUUUCCCGACUUGUCAGAAGAUGAUGAUGACAGAAAAUCCAAAAGAUCUAAUCUCUCAGGAUCUAUUUUAUGUAGACGAUCCUCAUUUAAAGAGGAUGUAACGAUUAAUUACAGCUGUUUCGAUAGUGGACGUCUGUGUCGAAGUUACUCCUGUAGUCCAUCCUACAGCGUCCGAAGUGGUCCACCUCACUCUAAAGAUAAAAGAAGAUUCUUUACCAAGGUCCACUUUAGUGAUCAAGAAUUUUCUAGAGUUGAAACCAUUUAUAUUGACAACGACGGGCUUUUGGAAUAUUCUGUGUCUUCUUCAACGAACCAAUUUUGCGACAAAAUACCAUUAAAAGACAUUGGAGAUCACAGAAAUAACCCUGUUUUUCGAAAAACUAAUACUGUAGCAGUUUCAACACCAAGAGGGGCCCAAACGCUUGCCAACAGAAGCUGUGUCAGAAAAAGCAGUUCAUCAUCAUUCCAUCGAUCAACAUGGCGUGAUCACUUAGUCACUGAUAUGAACAUGUAUGGAAAUUCUCUUGAUGUUUGCUAUAGACAGCAAUGGGCAGUUGGCCCUAAAACCAGUCGAUUUGAAAAUAAUGGUUACAAUUUAAAUUCCAGAUCAUGGUUCCGUGAGUUUCAGCCAUCUUCUUCACCUUCAUUCAUUUCAGUGACCAGUGCUCCGUGUUAUAGUGUUCGAAACUUAGCCUCCAAUUCAUUAAAUCGAUCUUUAGCUACAGAUAGACAUACAGAAGAACUGGAAGCAGGCGAAUAUUUACCUGGACGGAGGAGAAACGCAAGAUCCUUGUCUCCAGAAAGAUUUUUCAGGCGAUUAAAAAACAGUUUUCGAAAAACUGGAGGCUCUCGUACACUCCGAACUCAUGAAUUUCGCGCAAUAUCCUUGCGUCACGUAGAAGAAAGUGACCAAAGCUGCAUGAACACACGUGACAGUACUGUGGACCAGAAACUUUUCGAUACAACUCCAUAUGAACCAGGCCCUCCUCUGAAACAGCUGAGAUCGUAUUCUGUUGAUACUCACAAUAGCUCCCACCCCACGCGGAACUCACGACAAAGGGCGAGCAGUGGUAAUGUGGGGUUGAAGAAAACUCCUGUUAGACGAGUUGAUGACGAAGCUCUGAAGAGAAGUCGUUCCCAUAGUAACCAGUAUGAGUUGUCUCAAGAUCUAUUGGACAAGCAGGUGGAGAUGCUAGAGAGAAAAUAUGGUGGAGUCUGUGCUCGUCAUGCAGCUUUAACCAUUCAAAGAGCUUUCCGAAAAUACUGCAUGGUGAAGAGAUUUCAAGAGCUGGCCCACCCUAAGAGUGAGAAGCGUUUAUCACGACGCCUUUACACGUUUGACUUAGAAGGAAAAGACUGGAUGGUAUAUGCUGGGUCAUUAAAAUCCAGUGGUCAUAGGCAGUAUACCACUGGAAUCUAUAAUCCAGGCCAGGAAAUGCUGAAAGAAGGCUUUCAAGGCAUUAAUUCUACACCACAAAGUGUGGAUGCAGUAGUCAAAUCAAAUUUUGCAGCUUUGUACCGUGAACUAAGUGAAACCUUAGAAACUGAAAAUGGAAGACCGCUAAGACCAACAAGAUCAUUGAGCAUGAGAGAGAAAAAGACAUCAUACCUGACCGAUUCAGACAACUGUAUCAGAUCAUCACCCAACUGUGUGUACACUAAAGAAUCCACUUCUUAUCCAAGUGCUCAGGUAUUUACUGUUCAUAAUAAUUUAGAUAUGCAAGUAGUGUCAUCUGGUGAGAGAUUACAUCCUCAAAACUCUCUACAAUCUGGUCUUCCUGGAGAAUCCAGUGCAUUAAAUGACAGUCUAUACCACGUGCCACCUUCUUCCAUUCCUAAACAUACAAUGUCCUCCAGUACUGAUGUAAAACAUAUCAAUUCCUCCCAUAGUGCUCAUCCUGAACCAAUGAUGUGUUUAGUCCCUAAUCAGAUACCAACACCAGGUGCAGAACAUUAUCAUAUACCAAGAGAACCACUUCCUACAGAAGGCAGUACCAUUAACUUUAGUGGAAUGGAUGAAGGAUUAGUUCGAGAUUCUGCUGGAAGACGAUCAGUGAAUAAUCCAUUAGGGAUGACCAAAAAACCUCAAGAAGGGUUGUUUCAGAGGACUUCUAUAAGGUCAAGUGAUGCAGCCCUUGGAAGAAAAUACAAUAUCAAUCAGAAAAAGAUUCCCCCUCGGGUACCUAGACGAACUUCUUCCAUUUCAAACCAGGAGCAUAAAAGCACAUCCGAUGGAGUUAAUUCCCCCACCUAUUCAGUCGAGUCUUUUACUUCAAGCAGUGAAGGCAGCAUGGGAUAUGACAUAACUCAGCAAUACAGUACACAUCCUGAUGAUGACGAAAUGGAUAAAGUUCAGAGCAAAAAAUGCAAUGUUGAUGCUUCCCCCAUCUGGAAGAGAAAGUCUCUAAUUGUGGCUGAGCAAGUACCAGCCGGUACUCGAUUAGAAGAUAAACGAUUAAGCAACAUAUCAGAAAAUAGUGAAGAUAGCUUAGAAAGUACUGGCUAUUCUACAUCACCUCCAAUAUCAGUGUCAGAUAUGCAAUCCUUCACAGGAAUUACUUACUCUGACUCUGAUACCAGGACAUCACAUGACAUUCCUUCAAGUCCUCUUCCUUAUAAAUCACAGAUUUCUGAGAUCCAAAAGAAAAGGCAAUAUAGAAUUGGUUUGAACCUGUUCAACAAGAAGCCUGAAAGGGGAAUUCGCUACCUUAUUCAACGCAGUUUCUUGGAGGGAAGUCCUAAAGCUGUAGCUCGGUUUCUAAUUUCUCGUAAAGGCCUCAGUAAACACAAUAUUGGAGAAUACCUUGGAAAUCUACAGUGUCCAUUCAAUAUGGCCGUAUUAGGGUGUUUUGUUGAGGAGAUGGAUUUGGCUGGGAUGCAAGUUGAUGUUGCCCUGCGAAAGUUUCAGACAUUUUUUCGCAUGCCUUCAGGAGUGGAUGAUGGGAGUGACCUUGAUCGACACAUGCUGACAGGAAUUUAUGAAAGAAUCAAGGCAAGUGAGUUCAAACCAGGAUCUGACCAUGUGACACAGGUGAUGAAGGUCCAACAGACUAUAGUGGGCAAAAAACCGAACCUUGCACUUCCACACAGACGUCUUGUGUGUUAUUGUCGACUUUAUGAAAUAUACGAUAUCAAUAAGAAGGAGCGACCAGGAGUUCAUCAGCGAGAAAUCUUUCUUUUCAAUGACAUGAUUAUGGUCACCAAGAUAUUCAACAAGAAAAAAAACAGUGUUACUUACACUUUUCGCCAGUCUUUUUCUCUUUGUGGUAUGAACGUUACUCUUUUUGAAGCCCCUUAUUAUCCACACGGUAUUAGGCUUAGUCAAAGAGUGGAUGACAAAGUACUAAUUACUUUCAAUGCCCGGAACGAACAUGACCGUUCAAAGUUUGUGGAAGAUUUAAAAGAAUCUAUUCUAGAAAUGGACGAGAUGGAAAGUAUGAGGAUUGAAGCAGAGCUGGAGAAGCAGAAGUCAGUAAGAAGCCGUGGGGGGGAUAACAGAGACUCUGGGGUAGCUGACAUGGAGAUUGUUCCUGCUUCAAGCAAGGAAAGUCGGCAAGUGACCAAUAGUCUUUCUGCAAACUUGAAACGUUCUGCUUUGUCUAAUUCUUUGUUAGACCUUCAUGAGCAGCAAAUGAACAAACCAGUACGACGAGGCAGUGCAGGAUCACUGGACAGUGGAAUGUCAGUAUCUUUCCAGUCAUCAGCAGCUAGUACAGUAAGUAGAGAUUCGCUACUCCAGACAGUUCCAGUUAAUGGAGCAAACAAAACAGUAGUAGACAGUGGUGUUAUUCCAGUUACGUCUGCAGGCAAGUCUUCAAACACUCCAGGAUUUUUGGGUGGUUUGUUCAGCAAGAAAGGAAAGUCUUCAAGUAGAAUAAAUACGCGUAAAAAUGCUGAAACCUCGACUAUGUGAUAAAAAUGUGACAUAGAUACUACUUAAAAUUUAAUGCUGUACCAAAGUGAUUAGAGAAGAGCAGAUAUUGAUGAUAUACUGAUAUUUGUAUCAUCAGCUUUUCGUCUAUGGAGACAAAGCUGAGAAAGUUCUGGAUUCAAGUGAAGGUGUGGCCGUAGUAUUUACCAUCGAGAAUAGUGAACAUGAGAAGGCCAACUGAUUGUUGUUACACUGCUCAUUGCUUGCAUGUAUAGAAACAUAGUCUGUCUAAAUAUUAGCAGAGAGCAGCUUUGUGCCAAAGGUUAUAAGUCGGGCCAAAGGAAUUCUUGUUGAUUACAGUCUGCAGUUAACUAGUGGUGUUUUAUAUAUUGUGUCAUUGUUUUUCUUUUAAUUGAAUGAUAGAAAAGUAUUAGAUUCCUUAAAGUUAAGAUAAUAAAACAAGAACUUCUCUGUACAUAAAUUUUCAGAAAUGUUGUGAAUUAGGGGUAACUUGAAAUCGGUAGAUCAUUAAAAUAAAUGUAAUAAGUAUAUAAAGAUGUAGUCUUACCUGAAAGUGUAUAGUGCAACAUAAUAAAAGUUCUCUUAAUAUAUAUUUUUGCCUUUUGUUCCUGUGAAAUGUGUAAUUGACAAUCCUUUUUAGUUUUUGUAUAAAUUGUUUUAAUUGUUUCUUAAGUAGGUAUGAUCUUAUUUGUUGAAGGUUUUGUUAUACUUUUAAAUAUUUUACCAAACAUUGCCCAUCACGAUCAGUUUAUUUCUGUCAGAGUUCAUUAUUACAUAAUAAAAUGUACUGUACUGAUCAAGGAAUAACUAAAGAAAUAACUGAUGAAUUAAAUUGUAAAUUUUAUAUUUGUAUUCAAAAUAACUAUUUAUCAUGAAGAUUUUUAAUUUCACUGACCAUGAAUUUGAAUCACUGACAAUGUGCAAAGAACCUAAACCAAACUCUCUGUCAUUGAAAUCUGUCUAAAAGAUUAGCUUUCAUUAAAUCUUCAUAGCCAGUUAUUUAUUUUGGCAAUUUUUUGUUAGAUGUAAUAAAAAAUCUCACUUAUUUUGUAAACUUUAAAAAUGUGAAACAAACGUAUUUACUUAUUUUAAACAAUAUUUUUUGUAAAGACAUGAUGGUUCUUCAGUUGUUUUAAUUGUAUCAAGAUAUCAGUUGAAUAUUGAUCAGUAACAUUACAACCAGGAGAUGACAUGAAAUAACAACAACAUUAGGUAGGGAUAAUUUAUUCUAAAAAUAUUUGCCUAAUUCAAGGUAGUUUAGACACUGAGGUAAUUUCUUAUUUUCAAAGUGAAUUGUGCAAUGAUACAAAAAAAAUGAAACUUUCGUUUCUCUAAAAUCAUCUAAUGCAAUUACUGUAUCCUAGGUUAUUGAGAAAAAUGUCAUCUAAAGUAAAGUGAUGAUUGGCAGGUUAAAAGAAAUCUUGUUUAAAUAGGAGAAUUCCUUAUUUGAAUAAUAGAUAAUGUAUUACCUGCAAAAAAAAACUGCGGCUCAUAGAAUGGCUGUGUGUUGUUUUUGUUUUUCGAAGUGCAUUCUUUUAGCUCAUAACUCCAUCUAUUGACCGAUUUGAGAUCUAAUUACAGCCGUUUGUAUUGAGGAUUCCCACUUGUUUCCUUUUGAAGAAAAGGGAGAACAAUUUCAUGAUCAAUUCUCAAAACACUUGAGUAAGUACUGGCGUUGAUCUUAAUAUCUAGCUAAUAGUUUGGAAAGCCAGAAACAAUAAUUUAGUAAAAUUAUGCAAAUACAUGCUUUUUAAAGGGAUCAUGUUACAUGGUAAUUUAGCACAGUUGACUUUGUGAUAUACGUAGAUAGCUAAGAUGAAUUUAUCAUUUAAUAUAACUAAGUAGUCUUGCUAGAAAUAUUGUCCAGUGCUACAAAAAAAUUCAGUUUUAUUAUCGUGAAAGAAGUUCAGUUAUUAACGUAUUUUUGUAUUGUAGAUUAGAGUAGUUAAUUAAAAAUUACACUGUACCACAACAAUUCUUAGCUGAGAAAUAAUGAUUUUGAUAAUAUGGUCAGGUUAGCGUAUGUGGUGUUAUACAAGCAAAUAAAACUUCUCAUUGCUUUUGAGUGCGAUACUAAGUUUAACCUUGAACUAGCUCAAAGUCUGAGUAAUGCUGUACUGUAAUUAGUUUACCAUACACAAACUUGUAGCUGAUUUACAACCUGCGAGAUAAAUUGAAAAAAUAUAUUCGAAAGGAAGAUUAUUAUGUUUGUUAAUAAAAAUUCUCUACUGUACUCGCUAUGUACUUAACUUCUUUUAACUGUAGUAAACGUAAUUUUAGUGUUUCUUAAAUGUUGCCUUCUUAACUGGUGAUUGUGUUUGGAAAAUGUAUAAAAGUUUCCUAAAGUUAGUUGUUUUUUUAAACCAAACGUUCCUUCCUUCUGAGAGAAAUCAUCAUCUCUUCAGUAAAGUGCCUUUUUUUCUUUUUUGCCGAAUGCCGAAGAAAAAAAGUAACCAUAACAUCUUGAUAUCAAAGAAAAAUUAAAGCUAUUCUUUUGGGUCCUGCAAAAUUUUAAGAAAAGUAGUUGUUUUUUUUUUCUCAAAAGAUAAAGCUAAUAAAUAACACUGAAGUGACGUUUGGAGAGAGAGAGAGAAGCGAAAACGUAAUUAUUUUUGGUUUUCAAGGAAAAUUUUCUCACAUUAGCUGGUUUAGAAUUUGUAGAAGAUAAUCAGAUAUAUAUGUAGAAAGGUGACCAAUUUAUCGAAUUUACUCAAAUCUGUACAUGUGUUUUAGCAUGACUGUUUCGUUUUAGGUUUAUAUAAAAUAAUUAAAAGCGCUUAUUGGAAAAGACUCUUACUUUGGUGACUCAGAAAAGUUUCGUGGAGUGUGCGCACUUUGUAAACUUGUAUGUUAUCUCUGUUAUCAUAAUAAUGCAAAUAAAGAAAUGAUAUAUCA